AAGCCGUCAAAACAGCGAAACACAACACUCUCAGAUCUGCAGCAGCUUCAUUCUCUCUCUCGGCUCAGAUCCCACGCGGAUCUUCCUCAGCUUCCGUCCCUCCUGAGUCAACUGGUUGUACCAGUAAUCUAUCGGUUGAAAUAAUGACCCAGUGAUCCAAUUGCCUAACCGGUUCGGUUCUGACAACUAUGGUUCCAGACAAGCUACCCUCAUUUUCGCUCAAGAAAGCGAAAAAUAAAAAUAAUUUGCCAAUUCAUUGUAGAUUUUUCAGGAAUCACACCCUCGAGAUUGAGAUUUGAGACCCCACUCAAUAAAGCGUUUCAACUCCUUAUUGCCGAGAAACAAUAUGAAGAACCAGCAUGGUUAUGUGCCACCUUCUUACAUACCUUUGGGCCAAUCGGAGUUGGAGGCAGCGAAUCUCACACCACAGAAGAGCGGCGAACAACAAGCAAGUAGUGAUGGAUCAAACCAGAUGCAGACUCAGUGGUCUUCUGGAAUCUGUGCCUGUUGCGAUGAUAUGCAGAGCUGCUUUAUAGGGUUUAUUUGUCCAUGCUUUCUCUUUGGGAAGAAUGCUGAGUUUCUGGGUUCUGGAACCUUCCUGGGAUCAUGUGUUACACAUUUUCUGUUAUGGUCUGUGGUUAAUACAGCCUGCUGCUUUUUAACUGAUGGAUUGUGUUUGGCACUACCUGGAUGCCUUGUUUCGUGCUAUGCUUGUCACUACCGCAAGACCUUAAGGACAAAGUUUGAUUUGCCGGAAGCACCCUGUGGGGAUUUUGUUACCCAUUUUUUCUGUCAUUUGUGCGCCAUCUGUCAAGAGUACCGUGAGAUUCGCGAAAGAUCUGGGGAUAAUGCACCGACCGACAUGAAGCUUGCCGUAGUGACAGCCCCACCUAUACAAACAAUGCAGUCGGAUUCCGAGCAGUAAUGUCCCUGCCCUCCGCCCUCCUCUGUGCGAUUUCAAAUGUUGCAAACUCGGAACACAAGUUCAUGUCUUCUUACAAUAAUGCAUAUGAUCGCAUUGCCACGGUUGUACUUUUUCAAUUCUCUUACAGAUAACUAGAAGAAUAAAUACCCACUUGUAAAUGAUAUGUGAGUAUGUUUAGGGCCUAGUUAUGUCACCUUUUACAUUUUGUUUGAUCCUGCUGUUGGGAUUAUUCCAAAUUCCAAGAUGUUUAGCAAGAGAAGUAUAGCUGCGUAAUUAAUCAAGUCUCAAAUGGGUGUAUCAUUUGCUACUACGUAAACUCAGUUCAUAGUUACACCAUUUGAUGAA